AUGACGCUCACGGGGAUUGUUUCCGGCAUGACUGGCAGUGGAGCAAAAGUGAGCAAAAUCUGGCGUCAGGUCGAGGUCAUUGAUCAACAAUCAGUGGUCAGUUCGUGUGAGCCUCGGGUUUGCUUGCAGGAGUUAUGUGCCAAGAACGGGAUGACCCAAAGGGUCGGUUGGGCCGGUGAGGAGACCAAACUGCAACCCACGCGCCGAAAUGCGAAAAAGGAGCAGAUGGAAGAGGAGCGCUACUCAAGCAUUGAGAAGGAGAACCGCAGACUGCUCACACGAAUGCAGGUAUUCGAGCAGACGCUCACCGAGCAGUCUGAAGUCUUGCAAGCUGAGGAGAUAGAGCGACGAGGCACCCAAAAAGCUGCAGCCAGCCUGGUCCUAGGUGUGAAGCCAUCGUGGGAUUCCAAGUUCUUCGGACUGUGUCAUGAGGUGGCACAGGGGCGCAGUUGUGCUGAAGCGUCUCGUUGCGUGGCCAGCAUUUCUGCUUUGCGUUGCCUUGGCAUCCGAUGGAUUUGUAACCUGGGGGAGGAUAGAGAAGGUUCCAUUGGCAUCCUGAGUGAAGCUCCGACAGAUUCACCUUAUUCUGAUCCAGGCAUUGUGAGUGGUUCAUCAGAAUGGGCCUACUCGACUCCAGUGAUCGAAACUGGCAGCAUUUUAAUGGCUCGACCUGGGGAUACUUUCGCCCAACGGCAGCAGUACUUCCACAAGUCGGUGGUUCUGAUUAUCAAACACGAUGAUGCCGGUGAUAUGGGUAUCAUCAUCAAUCGUCCCAGCGGCUUCAACACGCGGCAGCUGGGCAUCAAAGGUCCAUCGUGGAACAUUUGGUUUGGUGGCGACUGUGAGGGAAUCCGUGACGCCCAUGUCAGGGGGAUUCGCAGUUUCUGCCUUCAUGUGAUAGAUGACUUUGCCAGCAUGUCGCGAGAAGUCACCCGAGGGGUCUACCUCAUCAGUUUCGAUAAAGCACAAGAGUUGGUGUCUGCGGGACAGGCGCAGACAUCGGACUUCAUGCUGUUCUUGGGCUAUUGUGGCUGGAUCCAAAAUCAGCUACAGGGAGAGCUGAAUGUAGGAGUGUGGAAGAUGGCCUCGGUGGAUUCCCGCGUCAUCGUGCGGGAGUUGCGGGAGGAGACCAUGGAGCUGCGACAAUUGCCACAGCUGGGCCUGGACGAUGGCGUGGGACUUUGGCGACAUCUGUACGCUGUUGUGGAUGCAGGUGAUGCCAGAAACGAUCCCUUCGAUCCAAACAUGCUGGAUACGAAUAGCGUGGAGGGCGAUGCAUUUGGCGAUGCCAUGCUGCGCCAGUGGCUGAUCCAAAAUCUCACUCCUUGA